UUGUAGUACCACGCAUGCGUACAAAUACGUACAUCCGGGUCUUCAAGCCUACGCGCGAAAUGGAGUCGGAGUAAACAGUUUAUUUGGGGUCUUUCUUUGGAAUGUAGCUAUACCAGAAUGCAGCUACGCCACAAACAAGGGAACGUGACUCGUCUCCGAAAACCGAAGACAGGAGAGCGUGGUUCAUCAGUUGUAUCACAACCCACUGGUCGCAAGCUUAAGCGCACACUCGUCACAGGGGGUUCAGCAGAGGUCCAGGAUGGAACCCCCAUGAAAAGGAAAAAAGCCUCAGGAAUAUUUGGCCGGAAAGAUGGAACUACUGGAGUCCCUCCAAAGGAAGAGGAAGUGCUGGCUGACGAAGACGACGCCCAGACCCUCGGUGGAGAUGUAGAGGUUCUCAUCUCCUCCACACCGUACCCAGUCAAGGCAAAGAAAAUGGCAGGAGGUCAAAAGAAACCAUUGAAUCAAGUGACUGAAAAUAACGAUCCAACAAGUCCUCCACGUACUACUAACCACGGGACAAUAUUUUCCCCGACUUAUCAGUUUAAUGGGCAAGGACCUGAGACUGAUGAUUUGGAUCUCAUUGCCAAGUCGCUUGACUUUGGAGUAGAAGAAAGUGACGAUUCUGAUUAUUCGUCUUCAGCAAAAGAAAACAAGGAACCUGCCUACAACAAUAAUUUGGCUUGCCUUGACAAUGUCAGUUGCCUAGACAACAACAAUGGCUGCCUUGACAACAACACCAACAAUGUUGGUUAUCUUGACAACGACGAGAGAGUAGUCACUGAAGAUAAUAAUAACCUAGUCUACAGGAAGGUGGAGGGUUCAGAAGGGGAGAUAGUGGUUUAUCCGGGUGAGGAGGAACAGAAUACAACAGAGGAGUCGUUUGAGGAGGGAGACUGGGAGGUGGAACCAUUCGAUCCAUACCUGUUUAUAAAGAACCUACCACCUCUCACAGAUGAGCUGCGUGUCCGCAUGCCUGCCUUACCUCUAAAGACCAGGAGUUCCCCCGAGUUCUCUCUGGUCCUUGACCUGGAUGAGACCCUGGUCCACUGUAGCCUGACUGAGCUUGAGGAUGCUGCAUUCACAUUUCCCGUCCUGUUCCAAGAUGUCACCUACCAGGUGUUUGUGCGUACUCGGCCCCACUUUCGCGAAUUCCUUGAGCGAGUUUCGCAGCUUUAUGAGGUCAUUUUGUUCACUGCCUCCAAGAAAGUCUACGCAGACAAACUGAUGAAUUUACUGGAUCCUGAUAAACGCUAUAUUAAACACCGUUUGUUCCGGGAACACUGCCUAUGUGUAAAUGGAAACUACAUCAAAGAUCUAACAAUCCUGGGGCGUGACCUGACCAAAACCAUCAUCAUUGACAACUCUCCUCAAGCCUUCGGUUACCAGCUAGACAACGGAAUACCUAUAGUGAGCUGGUUCAUGGAUAAAAGAGACCGAGAACUCAUCAACCUAGUGCCGUUUCUGGAGAGCCUUGUAGAUAAGGAUGAUGUUCGACCCUACAUCCAUGAUAGUUUCAGUCUACACUCACUCAUUCCUCCAUGAAAUCAACCCAACAAGGACGCAGGAUUCAAGGGCAGACAACUCCAUCAUGUUACAUUCUGUUACAGUGACCCCUUGAACUUUGGCCUGAGACAAUGCAUCUUCUUAAACAUAGUUGUGUCACAAUCACUGCAGAAUUGGUUCAUUUCAUAAAUAUGUCUUGCAAUCUGAUUGGCCAAUUGUAGUUUACCUUUGACCAAUUGUAUUGUUAGUGUACUAUUAUCAUUUUAUGUGUAGCAUAUAAAUCAUUACUAAGUAAAACCUGUUGAACUUUACACCAGUCUUGUUUGUUAAAUAUAACUGGUAAACAUUUUACAUCAGUGUUAAUGGCAUCAUACAAUAUCGUUACUCAAAAUAUUAACCAUUGUACUGUUUUGUUACUUACAAUCUGAUUGGUUAAAUUUUUAUCUUUUAAAUAAUUUGUUACCUACAAUCUGAUUGGUUGACAUUGAAAACCCCAUAGAAUUUUAUUUUGCUUUUUAAUAUAUUGCUUGAAGAUUUAUAUUUGAUUUCUGCAGUGAAGUCAAACUUGAUUCAAUAUUGAGUAUUUGUAAUGUUUUAGACGGUAUUUGUAAUGUUUUAGACCAUAUUUGUUCAGCCUUUAUUCUAGUUGCCAUGUAAAGAACAGUGUUAGUUGAUGUAUCUGUUGCGACUGAAAGCCAUAUUUUUACCUGUUGCUAAAAAACAUUUAAUUGAUGGAUAUGCUGGUAAGUGAAUAUAUGUUUAAUAUACAGAAUCAUUAAUCUAUCAAACAUUGAAAAUGAAAGGUAAACCUAGAUCUAGACUUAAUUAAUGACAUGUUUGAAAGGUAAAUGGGAUGCAUUGAUGAUACCCCUGUGAUGUAGAAUUGGUGUAACAGACGAAGCAAUUUAACAAACACAGGUACAAUGUGUAAAUUGUGUAUAUCCUUAGUGACUAGGUGAACCUGACAUAUAAUAGGAAUCUAAGGUCACCGGAGAAAUGAAAAUGGUAUUUUGGUUGGAGAAGAGGACACUUCAGACUGUAGGAACAUAAGCAGCAAUAUAUAUUUCAUCCUUGAUUUUAAUUUUUGUUUGCAUUUAUUGUGAAGAUAAAGUUGUGUAUUUUAAAUGUAUUUUAGAGGCUUCUAGACUGAUUGUGAAUAUUACCCAUUUAAGAAUGUAAGGAUGGUUCUUGCAGAUAUUAUUUGUUAUUUACACAUUUUAGUGUGUAAUUUCUAUACUGCAUAACUUACUAUUGCCCAUUGGUUAUGCUUCAAGGGUGAAAGAUAAAACCAUUCCCUCUGAUGUGAUUAUUGACUUUUCGAAUCAGUUACUUUAUUCAAAUUCAGAUUUUUUUUUAAUGCUUUAUCUGCAGAAAACCAUAUUGUAAUUAAUAUCUUAGCUGCUGAUGCUUGUGAAUAAUGAGUGGCACGUUGAUUUUGUGUUAGCUUGUAGAAAUAUGAUUUUAGUUAAACUUUACAUUAUUGCAAAAUUUUAUUAUAACAUGAAUGUAACUUUAAAUGGAAGAUUAGUUGUGUUCGAAAGAUGUUGUGCAGUUCAGUUUCCUGAAUAAUAUUGCUAGGCUAAGUAAAACCAUGACAAUUUAGGAGAUAGAAACUGAAAUUUUAUUGUGCAAUUGAAAAUAGUUAGAAAACAUAAUCUGAACAACUUGUACUUAGUCACGCACCCCAAGGAACCUGUUAGUUAAUCAUUGGCCAGGUUAGGACUUAGUACAGGAGUUAAUCAUUGGCCAGGUUAGGACUUAGUACAGGAGUUAAUCAUUGGCCAGGUUAGGACUUAGUACAGGUUGUUUGUCUCAAAAGGUCUACUGUCUUCAUUGUUAGGAUUGUGUAUCAUGAAUUUGUAAAAAAAAAAUACCAUAAGACAUUUGAUAAAUAAACAGGAACAAGUUGGCUGAUUAUGGUACUGAUAAUAUUGUGAUGUACAUAUCCAAUCUUCUAUUGAAUUACAGAUUACGUAGAUUGUAGUUUUAAUUUUUGAGACAAUUUCAGUUGUCAUCAGUAGUUGGUGAGAUUUCCUUCAGAGCUGUUUGGUAUCCCACAGAGGGCUCUCCAUAUGAUGUACUAUCACUGACAAGUUAUUUUAUUGGUUCUGGGGGAAAGAAUGACAAAUAGCUUUAUAUAACCAUUUUUUCAAUUUUAUAUAAAAAAUACAUUUUAUCUUUUUAAUAGAAGUAUUAAGACACAUGUACUGAUGGUGAUUUUUUUUCUCUGGUGAUACCUGUUCAAAAAAACACUGUGUAUUGUAUGUUGGAAAAAAUGUCUCAGCAAUUUGCAGUAUUGUACUAGAUAUGUGUGGACCAAUUUGAGUGAAAACAGAUACACAUUUCAGUUUGCAUCCGAGAUUUCAACCAAUCAUCUAUGGUGUGUUUUAGACAAAUAUUGUAAGUGUUUCAGGAUUCAGACAGACAAGCCACAGCAAAGCUUGUUAUGUUUGAUCCUUUAUACGAACUUCCUAAACAUAUUUAACAUGAAUAUCACACGUUGUUGACAGAAACACAACGUAGGUAUAAAAUAAUAGUGUACAUCUGUUUUGAUUUAUUUGCUGUAAAACCAAUCCAAUGUUCCUUUUGUCAGAUACAGUAGCAUUUGGGAAUUUUCCUACAUUUUCAAUUCAAGUGUCAUAAUGUUGAUUUGUUUUUAUUAUGUUAAUCCAUAGGGCAUAUAUGCAAAGUGCAGCUGCUGUUUAUAAGAAAAAUCUCAAAUUUGUUGCUUAGAACUGAUCCCAAACUAAUAUAGCUGACCCCUAUCAAUAAACCCGAGCCCCUGCAAACACCCGGCCAAUUAAAGUCACUUAUACAAGUGAUACAACAUGUAACAAGUAUUUUAACCAGUAACCUUUCCUUCCCUCACAGACUCCCAACAUGUGAUGUAACAAUUAUUUUAACCAGUAACCUUUCCUUCCCUCACAGACUCCCAAUAUGUGAUGUAACAAUUAUUUUAACAUGUAACCUUUCCUUCCCUCACAGACUCCCAAUAAAACUGCAGCUUUCGGAUACAUGAACAGUUGAUUUUGUAUAUUUUUUGUGUUGCAUUUAAACUUGUUACAAUUACUACUUGCUAUGUGUAAUAGAUGUGUUCUGUUAUCACUGUGUGUCCUUGUUGACAUUAUCAUCCUCCUGAAUUGGGCUGUCCGUCCUUCACUCAUUGGUUUGACUUUCCUUACAUCCAACAUCCAUGGCAGAAUGACGAUGAGUUGAUCAAAUUAACAGUAAUCCUGAAGGACUAGUUCUAGACUAUUCAUGAAGUUAAGAUCACAUUCAUGACAGAAAUGUUCAUAGAUUGGAAGAUGAAGACAACAUUUGUUUAAUAAACUGCAACUUGUUACAGGGUGUAUGCUCCGUUGAUCAUUGUUUGAUUACUGGUCAUCUAUACAGCAAUGUGUCCGAACCAUUUAAACCAUCAUGAGUGAAAUUGACAUCAGAUUCGCUGUCAUUGAAUGUUUUCUCUAUUGAGGGAGUCUUCUUAAAAUAAGGUUAUUAUACUUUUACAGCUAUUCAAGAUAAAUCAUUGUUUAGAAAUAUUGAAACAUGUGUACUUAUUUAAAUGAGUGGAUGACUAUGCAUGAAUAUUCAUAAGUGGGAUUAUUGUGCAUAUAUCAUGUAAUUAAUCUGGCAGCUAUCAAACCAUUGACAUCUGUAUAAGUUAAGGCAGGGCUUUAAUGCUAAGUAAUGACUUCUAAAUUAAAAUAAUCAUGGGUAAUCAUAUAAUCUUCUUGUGGCACAAAUGUUAACCCUUAUGAGUAUUCACUAUAGAUGGUUCUACAUGGGAGGGGAUGCAACGUGUACGGAGCUGCUGAGUCCUGUUCUGGCAGUCAGCAGUAGUAAUUUGUAUUCUGAGGAAUGUUUUGUCGGGAUACAUGAUUAAUCUGAUGAAUAUUUAUAGCAUGUGAAAUUGUCAUCUGAUGAAUAUUCAUAAUUUGGGAAUGUAUGCAAUCAUGAAGUUUUAAGUCUUUUUUAAAUAGAUAUGAUUUAUGACAUUUUAGAAUGAAAAUAAUUUCAACAUUGAUCAUAUAUAUAUAUUCUGUGUCUUGUAUUGUUAUUUUAAGCAUUUAUCAUCUAAGUGCUUUUGAAUAAACAUUUCUUCUUACA